GACUUCGCUGCAGCAAGCGGUGCAGCUCAGUCCGCUGUCUCUCGGCGCCUAAACGCACAUCCACGGUGCUGCCGAUACUAAUAAUGAUGAUUUAUAUGUGGAAAUUUUCCAGGGUCACUCCAACAGGCGUUGCCUGAUACGAAUGUGAAGUGCACACCGAAUUUAUUGCUUCAGGAGCUGCUGUGAGAUGUUCGGCAUUUGCCAUGGCAAGAGGUCUGUUUCCAUGGGGGUUCUUCAGAAAGCCUCUGUACAUCCAGGCGAGGUUCUCCUACCUGCACAUGAAGUACCUGUUCUUCUCAUGGCUGGCAGUGUUCGUGGGGAGCUGGAUAGUCUAUGUGGAGUACUCAUCCUACACAGAGCUGUGUCGUGGGCACGAGUGCAAAAACUCAAUAUGUGACAAAUACAAAAAAGGAGUCAUUGAUGGCUCAGCCUGCAGCAGCUUGUGUGAGAAACAGACUCUUUACCUGGGAAAGUGCCUCACUGCCAACCCCAACAGCCAGGUUUACUCGGGGAGCUGGGGAGACCUAGAGGGUGUUAUUAAGUGCCAGAUGGAGGAGGCUCCUCAUUAUGAUUUGGGAGGUGAGCCCAGGAAAGAGACUUCUGCAGCCUUCAACAAACCAACCAAGGGAACCUCAGUGGAAAAGUUCAGAGAGAUGAUCACUGACCACCUAAAGGCCAAAGUGGGGGAUCAGGCAAACCUUGCUGAUCUGGCAACUCAAGUAUUGUCCAUUGCAGAUGGCAAUAAGGACAGCCAUAUCUCACUGCCAGAGGCUCGCUCCACAUGGGCUUUGUUGCAGCUCAAUGAAUUCCUAUUGGCUUUAGUCCUGCAUGAUAGAGAGCACACACCCAAGCUAUUGGGCUUCUGUGGAGAUCUAUAUGUCAUGGAGAAAGUACCACACUCUCCCUUGUAUGGGAUUAGUCUACCCUGGAUUAUUGAAAUGUGGAUCCCUGCCGGUCUGCGCCGCAGCAUGGACCAGUGGUUCACUCCAUCCUGGCCACACAAGGCCAAGAUCUCCAUUGGACUGCUGGAGCUGGUCGAGGAUAUUUUCCACGGCACUUUCGGAAGCUUCCUCAUGUGCGACGUGAGCGCCACCACUUUCGGUUACAACGACCGCCACGACUUGAAGGUGAUGGAUGCACGCCACAUCAUGCCUGAAGCCAUCUUCCAAGAAGUCAUCAGGCAGCAGCGCUGCGACGUGGACGAGGACUGUCUGUAUGGAGCCGACUGCCUAACUUCCUGUGACCUCACCAAGCAUCGCUGCACAACAGAAGUCACCAGGCCAAACUUAGCCAAAGCCUGCGACGCACUCAAGGACUACAUUCUGAGAGGAGCGCCAUCUGAUAUGAGCGAGGAGCUCGAGAAGCAGCUGUACGCUUGCAUCGCAUUGAAAGGUUCAGCAGAACAGAUGGAAAUUGAACACUCGCUCAUUCUAAACAACCUCAAGACUUUGCUGUGGAAGAAAAUCUCUCACACAAAAGAUUCCUAAUAAGCGAGGAUUGCACAACGGCACAAUGACUGACGCUUGCCCUUUAAGUUUAUUAAUAAAAUGGACAAUCAUUUUCACUGUGGAAACUAAUAAUCCUGUGGUAUUCAAUGUUUAACAGAUGUAUUUUAAGUUGGCACUAUAGGUGUCAGCAAUGUCACCAAUAUUAAAUCAUGUACACAAACGGACUCCGUUAGGAUUAACUGCAGUAAACUGAGUGCAAUCUUUUUGAAACCAGGAUGAAGUUGAAUAAUAAAUUUGAAGUAAGGUCCUGCAUGUUCUUUUGGGUAGCUUGUGUACUAUAUGCUGACUGAGCCUAUGGGUGUAAUGAACAGUUUUUCAAGGCUUCCAGUGGAUAUCCAGUUCAACACUAUUUUUGGCAAAUCCCUGUUUUGCUCUUUUUGACCCACUUAGAGAGAUUAACUAAACUUUACGAAAACA